AACAUUUGUAUUAUGCUAUUGGAUUUGUUAAUACUUCCAUUAGCUAAUUAAUCUCCCUACAUCUCACCUAAUCCUUAUCAACAUUUUCAACCAGAAAAAAAAAGAUCCCAUCCAUUCACAAAUCGUCUUCCUCAGCAUACUCUCUCAACAUCUUGCAUUAAUUAGCUGAAAUCCUUAGUUAUGAGUUCUUCAUCUCAAUCACAAAAUCUUGAUGUAACCUUGUCACUAAGCUUGCCACCAAGAAAUGAAGGCCUAAACCCCCAAGAGAGGGGUAUCAAGCUGAUCCAGCUCUUGCUAAGUUGCGCCAACCACGCCUCCUCCGGCAACCUCCACCACGCCGACACGUGCCUCCACCACAUAUCGGAGCUUGCCUCCGUCACCGGUGACUCCAUGCAGCGGCUAGCCGCUAGGUUUGCCGCAGCCUUGGCGGCCCGGCUACUCAAGCGAUGGCCGGGCCUUUACAAGGCCCUGAACAAUGGUGGGCUUGUUGGUUUCGAUGUGGAUCGGGCCAGGUCCAUUUUCGCUCGGGCUUUUCCCUGUUUGGGCUUCGCCUACGCAGUUAUAAACCGGACCUUGAUUCAAGCCUUGUUGGGGGAGCGUGAGGUCCAUGUUAUUGAUUUGGGCUGUGGUGACCCGAAACUGUGGGUUCCUUUUGUUCGGGCCAUGGCGGAUGGGCCCAAUGGGCCGCCGCGUUUGAAGAUCACAUCCGUCGGUAUAAACAAAGAGGCCCAAGAGAGAUUGGAGGGAAGGAUUUUGAAAGAGGGUCAGAGUUUGAAAAUGGAAAUUGUGUUGAACCAUGUUGAUGCUAAGCUUAGGGAUUUGAGUUUGGACAUGCUCGAGGUCAAACCAGGUGAAGCGUUAGCGUUGACUUCGAUUUUGAGCCUUCAUGUCCUAUUGGCCGAGGACGACGGCGUGGACGCGCGUUUCGGGCUACGAAGUAAAAACAACCAAGUGAGCGAGUGCAAGCGAAUGGUGGAGUUUCUUGAAAUGGUGAGAUCGGUUGGGCCUAAAGUCGUGUUGCUAGUCGAACAAGAGUCGAAUCACAACUCGAGCCGUCUAGUGGAUCGUUUUGUGGAAGGAUUACACUUCUACAGUGCCUUAUUUGAUCUGAUAGAUGCUACAUUCGGUGCAUUAUCGUGCUCGAAUCGAGCAACCCUAGAAGAAAUGUUCGGGCGUGAAAUCGAGAAUAUCGUGGCGGGAGAAGGGUUGGAGAGGGAGGAGAGGCACGAGAGAUAUGCAAAGUGGGGGAUUAGGUUUACAACAAGUGGGUUUAGACCCAUUCAUUUGUGGUAUGACUCAAUGGAGGAGGCCCGAAAAGUGGUUGAGGCCUACGGGCCGAGGGGGUUUAGCAUAAUUAGUGAAAGGGGGAGUUUGAUGAUUUGUUGGCAUGAUAGGCCUAUUUAUGCAGUAUCAGCUUGGAGCUUGUUCUAGCAAUAUUUCUUUCUUCAUUGUCCUUUUUUAUUGUUUUGCAAUUUUGUGUUCUAUAUCAAAGGUGUAUAAAAUAUUUAUGUACAAGUAAAUGACAAAAUGUGGAUAUUAUUAGCGUCGGCA